GUUGCCGGGUACUGGAGGUCGGGCAUGCCCAUGAAACAGCCACUGCGAAGUGCUAUGCAACCACCGAAAAGACUGUAAAAUACACGAAAGUGCGAAGAAAUGUGGCGCAAACUUCAUCUUAAAUGUGUUCUCUGUUGAGCUGAUAAGUCGCACGUUGAGAAGAAACGCGGAGAAAAGCGUGAAAGAGGAACGAAAAGUGUCCGUCCGGUUUGUCCUACAAAGGAGAGUUUGACAGACUUCACUGCGCAGGCCCGCUGCUAGAGAAACCACCGGGAGGAGGACAUCAAUGAAACAAUAAAGACUGCCUUAUUUCAGAGGGAAGCCAGAUAAAAGAUGAGGAAGGACGUGAGGAUACUCCUCGUCGGGGAACCCAAGGUGGGGAAGACCUCGCUGAUAAUGUCUCUGGUGAGCGAGGAGUUUCCUGAUGAGGUUCCUCUCCGGGCGGAGGAGAUCACCAUCCCAGCUGAUGUCACCCCGGAGAGGGUGCCCACACACAUCGUGGACUACUCAGAAGCUGAACAAUCAGAUGAGCAGCUGUUUCAAGAAAUAUCAAAGGCUAAUGUGAUCUGCAUAGUUUACUCGGUCAACAACAAGAAGUCCAUCGAAAAGGUGACAAGCCACUGGAUCCCCCUCAUAAAUGACAGGACGGACAAGGAUAGCAGGGUACCAUUGAUCCUCGUUGGGAACAAGUCGGACCUGGUGGAACACAGCAGCAUGGAGACAAUUCUGCCAAUCAUGAAUCAGUACCAGGACAUCGAGACCUGUGUAGAGUGCUCUGCCAAAAAUCUGAAGAACAUUUCCGAGCUGUUUUACUACGCCCAGAAGGCUGUUCUCCACCCGACGGGACCCCUUUACUGCCCGGAGGAGAAGGAGUUGAAACCAUCUUGCAUUAAGGCUUUAACUAGAAUUUUCAAAGUGUCUGACCUGGACAACGACGGCAUCCUUAACGACAACGAGCUCAACUUCUUCCAGAGAACGUGUUUUAAUACACCUCUGGCACCUCAAGCCUUAGAGGACGUGAAAAAUGUGGUCAGGAGAAACAUGACAGACGGAGUCAAGGACAAUGGACUCUCUCUCAAAGGCUUCCUGUUCCUGCACACGCUCUUCAUACAGCGAGGGCGACACGAGACCACCUGGACUGUGCUGAGGCGGUUUGGCUAUGACGAUGACCUGGAGCUCACACAGGAAUACCUGUUCCCCUUGAUAAAGAUCCCCCCUGACUGCACCACAGAGCUGAACCACAACGCGUACCUCUUUCUCCAGAGUGUCUUUGACAAACACGACAAAGAUAGAGAUUGUGCGCUGUCGCCGGAGGAGGUGAAGGACUUGUUCAAAGUGUUUCCCUACAUGCCAUGGGGGCCGGAUGUCAACAACACAGUGUGCACUAACGACCAGGGAUGGAUCACAUACCAGGGAUACCUCUCGCAGUGGACGUUAACAACAUACCUAGAUGUGCAGCGGAGUUUGGAGUAUUUAGGUUACCUUGGUUACUCUAUCAUCUAUGAACAGGAGUCCCAGGCAGCAGCCAUGACAGUGACGCGUAACAAGCGCAUCGAUCUGCAGAAGAAACAGACACAGCGCAGCGUCUUCCGCUGCAACGUCUUGGGCGCUAGAGGCAGCGGGAAGAGUGGCUUCCUCCAAGCUUUUUUGGGCAAAGACCUGCAGCAACAGAGGCGGAUCAGAGAAGACCACAAGUCCCUCUACGCCAUCAGCACUACCUACGUUUAUGGGCAGGAGAAGUACCUGCUGCUCCACGAGGUGAUGCCAGAUUUUGACUUUCUGUCCGAGGCCGACCUCGCCUGCGACGUGGUGUGCCUGGUGUUUGACGUCAACAAUCCUCGUUCUUUUGAAUACUGCGCCAAAGUGUACAAGCAAUACUUCAUCGACAGCAAGACGCCAUGUGUGGUGAUCGCCGCAAAGUCGGACCUGCACGAAGUACGGCAGCACUACAGCCUCACGCCGCAGGACUUCUGCCGGAAGCACAAGCUCCACCCGCCUCAGCCGUUCACAUGCAACACGACCGAGGCACUCAACAAAGACAUCUACACUAGACUGACCACCAUGGCCAUGUACCCCCACGCCCGUCUCCGCUGCAUGUGUGCCUGCAACAGGUGCACCUAUUGCCUGUGUCAGAACCUCCUCAAGUCGGAGCUGCUGAGAAAUAUUAAGGCUCAACUCCGCAGGGUCGUUUACAACAGGCACAUGGCUCAAGCGGAUCUGAAGAACUCCACCUUCUGGCUGAGAGCGAGCGUCGGUGCCACGGUGUGUGCCGUGCUGGGCUUCGCCAUGUACAGAGCGCUUCUCAAACAGCGGUGAUGGGACAGCGUGAGACUUCCCGCUCCCUCUCGUUGACUCUGCCCUCUUUUCUUCUACCUGAAAGACUCGAGAAAAAAAAAAAAAAGACUGACCAACCAACCAGGGCAGUAUCCUCAGUCCACAACUCCUCCUCUAACUCCCACAAUGCAACACGGGCAAGAACAAAUGAGCAAAAUCCUAGGUACAUUUUUUUAUGCAUUAAAAACAGAGUGUGGUUUAUUUUUUUGUUUAUAUUGGUGGCAGACAGGGACACCUGACCUGCAACACCCUAAACAAUUAACAUGUGGAAAAACAUUCUGCAAACUAAGAAAUGAUGCAGAUUCAAACACAAAUGCAGAAGUCAAGAACAAAUGAAAUGACAGAAAUGUGCUGCAAAUGAAGAAGAAAAAAACGUGUUUCAUCGAGUCAAAAAAACCCACAAAUACAGAAAAACUGCAAAUGUUGCAAAUCAAUCCACCUCAACCGUAGACGGUAUGAAAUAUGGACGUAGUCUCAGUGACAUCACCCUUUGGUUACUGAAUGGGAAUUUUGAAGCGCAGCAGUGGGGGUGGCCAUGUUGAAAAUGCUGCCCAAGUUUCCAGUCAACCUCGAAACAGGCAGAGGAGUGCAGCUGAGGCGGGCUGUAAACCACGACUAACAGCUGUGUUGCGCCUGAGUGCAUGAUAUAUCAUUCACUCCCCUGAUUAUGCAAAACUCUUAUCCGUCAUGAAAUAAAAAUGGAUGAGUUAUAAAAGAACGUACAGUGUGUGGCGAUAAAGACCUUUACCUUUCCAGAGCCAAAAGAACCCGGCUGUGCACGUGUUUAUUCCUGCUGUCCAAAUUAAUGUUUUAAUGAGGUGUGCAUGUUCUUUAUGGGCUUACGGACCCAGCCUCCAGUGGACACUCGAGGAACUGCAGGGGUUUUUUUUCUCCCAUCUUCCAUAUUUACCGUCAUUUUUCAACACCAGAGGUCGCCACUCGAUUCCAGCUGAAGGUCCCAGGGCCACUUCCUCAUCUCCUUCUUUUUUUGUUAAAAAGAAACGGUGCCUCUGAGCGCCCCUACAGACUGGGAGCGCUUCAGUGGAGUUGUCUGGGUUUGCAGCAUUUUUCUGUGUUUGUGCAUCAGUUUUGCGUUUUCUUGAGGAUUUCCGCAGAAUGUUUUUCAUUUAAUUUGCAGGUUGUUUCCUGUCAUUGAAUUUGCACCAUUUCUAAUUUUGCAGCACAUUUUUCCUAAAGGGAGUCAUCUGAGGCCGUUGCAGGUCGUGCACCAUGUUGACCACUGUAGUUUCUGUAGAGGGGGGGAAAGGGGCAGGUUUGAAAUAUCACUUCUUCAUGAGUUCAUUCAUUCUGAUGAUCUGGGAUCUGUUGGUCUAGUCCAGGGCAGACUCUACUAGUGGCUGGGUGUUUCCAGCUGACCCAGUCUUGUUGUUGUUUUUUAUUCUCUCAGGUCAGUAUUAUUCUCAGCUAGAUGUUUGGAGACCAGAGAGAAGCAGCCAUAAUCAGACACACCACAAAGGGACUCGAUUCUGUUCAUAGAUGUGUAUAUGCAGUAAAUAUUAUGUAUGUAUACUCAUAGACACCUUCAUGAGGUUUAUACAUCUAACACUAGAAAGGUCAUGGAUGUCAUGCACUUGUUUAUUUUUGCGUGUUAAUUUAUUAACCUGUUUUUUUUUUCUUGUCUGUUUUGAGUGCACUGCAUGAAACAGAGCGAGGGAUUGACAUUCUCCAUGUAUUUUUGUAUUUAGUAUUCUUAAAGCUUGUCCUCCAGAUGUAUCAUGACUUUAUGUUUUUAUGUUUCUGCUUUUCAAAUAGAGCUCUGUCCCUCAUUAUAUUUUUAUGAAGUUAGAGGCAUCGUAGAGAAAGAGAUUUAGCAAUUAACAACAGCCAUUCUGCGCACCUCUCCCACCUUAAAACUACGACCGUGUUUCUUCAUGUUUCUCUUCUUUUUUUCAACAUUUACAGUAAAAAAAAAGUAUGCUCUGACACAGCUGUGUAUGUGUGAGUGAAACGACAAUUUAACAGCAACAAGGAAAAUAAAAUGGUUUUAAAAAACUGA